AUGCAAUUCUCAAAGUCAGUCCAUGAGGUAGGCACCUGCACGUCGUCCUGUGAUGCAGAGGAAGGAGCACGGAACGGUGAAGUUCUCCACGGUCACACAGCUGGUAAGCGGCAGGAACAGGAGCUCAUCUGGGGCUGUCUGUUCCCCCCACCCACCCCGCACUCGGGCCUCUCUCCCGCCCGCUCUGCACACCCUGGGGGUGGUGGCUUGCUCCAGCCUCGGGCAGUCCCCGCCUGCGCCUGGGCUCCGGGUGGCACCUCUGCACACUGGCCUGCCUCCCAUAUGGGGAGCUCUCCACUCCCAAAGCCUCUUCUCUCCUUCCUGGCGGCCCUGGUGAGUGGGGCGCGCUUCCCUGCUGGGCUGGCCCUGGUGCUGUGUCCUGUGCCCACAGGACUAACCAGUGCCUCUGCACGGCCCCACCCUGCCCACCUUCGUCCUCCCACCCUCCGCAGGCCUAAGUCAGACGCUCCCUGCGCUGAUCUAACCAUCUGCAGGGUGCUGUUGGCCUGUCCUCCUGGAAGCUUCCUGCCGCGCUCUCAGACACAGUCCUCCUAUGUUCACCGCAGCAGAACGUCCUGUUCUGGAGUGGCCAAACCAUUCUGUCCAGAAAGAAUCCCCUCUGCCACAGCCAGUAUGAGUGUUAGUAAUCAGCAGCCCUGUGUGCAGGUACUGCUGUCAGCCACAGUGCACAGGGGAGGCCCAGAAAAGGGGAGUUGCGGGGCUGAUGCCAUGAAGCCCAGAGGUGGCAGGGACAAGGUUCAAACCCGGGGGUCUGGAUCCCAGCCUGCCCUCUUGACCCUGUAUCACUGCUGCCCCUACGCGAUGAGUCGUUCUUUGACCCUGAGUGUGGCUGGGCAGGUUAUGCCCUGCACAACUCUAGGGGAUGUCGUUCCUAUUGCAGUCCCUGAGACUCAACUAUUUACGACAAUGGCUUUCUGGUGGAUGGCAGGUGGGAAAACCGAGUCUCAGAAAGCUUGGCAAUGUGCUCAGAUUGCCUGGUCACUAAGUUUCUGUCAUGUCUUCUGUUUGAUUUUAGGUUUCUAUCCUCCCACCAGUGGAAAGGCCUAUAUUGAUGGAUAUGACAUCUCAAAGCAGAUGGUCCAGAUCAGGAAAUCCCUGGGCUUGUGUCCACAGCAGAACCUGUUGUUUAAGCACUUGACAGUAUCAGAACACCUUUACUUCUAUUCUGUGAUGAAAGGAGUACAUAAACAGAUGAGUCCUGUGGAAACUGACCACAUGUUGUCUGCUUUUAACCUGCUGGAAAAGCGUGAUGCAUUCGCACAGUCACUGAGUGGAGGAAUGAAGCGCAAGCUGUCCAUCAUUAUAGCACUUAUGGGGGGCUCCAAGGUGGUGAUACUUGAUGAGCCAACAUCUGGAAUGGACCCAGCCUCAAGGAGGGCCACCUGGGAUCUCCUUCAGCAAUAUAAAGAGGACCGUACCAUCUUACUGACCACCCACUACAUGGAUGAAGCUGAUGUCCUGGGUGACCGCAUUGCCAUCAUGGUCAAUGGAUCCCUGCAGUGCUGUGGCUCUUCGAUUUUCCUGAAAAAGAUAUACGGUGCCGGAUACCAUAUAGUCAUGGUGAAGGAGCAUCAUUGUAAUGUGGAAGUAAUAUCAAAAUUAAUUCAUUAUUACAUACCAACAGCCACUUUGGAGAACAACGUUGGGACUGAAUUAUCGUUUAUUCUACCCAAAGAGUACAUACACAGGUUUGAAGCUCUGUUUACUGCUCUGGAAAAGAGACAGAGAAAGCUGGGCAUUGCUAGCUUUGGUGUCUCUAUUACCACCAUGGAAGAGAUCUUCCUUAGGGUUGGUCACAUGGAAAGUUCACAAACAGAUAUUCAAGAUAAAAAGACUUCCUCCCGAAUGAACAAAUUAUCCAUCACGAACCAGGAUAGGAAUGUGUCAAGAAAUGUUAAGAGCAUAGAUUCUCCCACUCUGAAUGAAAGCCCUACUAUAAUGUUUAAUACCGGGUAUUCCCUCUACAACCAGCAGUUCCGUGCCAUGUUCAUAAAAAGGAUGAUGUUCAGUUGGCGCAACUGGAAACUCCUUUUGCUACAGAUACUGGGGCUCGUAGGUUGCUUUGCCUUUCUCUUAAGGGCUGGUAACACUUCAGAGAAUGAUAAUAUUAGGCAAAUGGAUUUGGGUCAAUAUGGUCAAACCAUUGUGCCUUUUUCUAUUUCUGGGAAUUCUAAUUUGACUACAAAUCUCUUAAAACACCUUGAGAGUAUGCUAAAGUCUGACAACCAAAGGCUUAAGGAAGUGCAAGGUAACCUACCAACUUACUUGAGGACAAAUAGAGAAUGUAUUCAUUUAUGUAUUAUUGCACUUUCCAUUGAGGUGAAGGAAAAUGAAACACUAUUUACUGUUCUUUUCAACAAUGAAGCAUACCAUUCACCAUCUGUAUCCCUGGCAGUGUUAGACAACAUUCUUUUUAAGUCACUUUCUGGUGGCAAUGCUUCUUUAGCAGUCUUCAAUAAACCUCAGCCACUCCCUGAUGAUAGGAAACACGGUAGAGGGUUUGCAUACGGACAGCAGGUGGCCUUAAAUAUACAAUUUGGCAUGGCUCUUUUGAUCAGUGGCUUUUGUCUCCCGACAGUGGCUGAGAGAAUGACAAAAGCCAAGCACAUCCAGUUUGUGAGUGGGGUCUCUGUCUUUGCAUACUGGCUUUCUGCUCUAUUAUGGGAUUUCACUAUCUUCUUCAUUAACUGUGGCUUACUACUGGUGAUGUUAAAGUACUACAAAUUUGAUAUCUAUGUCAUGGACUACCAUGCUCUGGAGACAAUGCUGAUCCUCACACUGUAUGGCUGGUCUGCCAUCCCCCUUGUGUACCUGAUGAGCUUCCUGUUCUCUGGAAGUACUUCUGCCUUCAUCAAACUUCUCCUGCUCAACUACUUUUCAGGCACUUUCGGUUUCAUCAUCAACAUCGCAUUAGAAAACCAUACUAAGAAAAAUAUUUAUUCUUUGGAAGAGCAUAUGAUUGGAAAGUAUUUGAUUAUCAUGAGUAUCACAGGCUUUCUUUGCCUUCUCUUUAUUUUCCUUUGGGAGACUACUUUGUGGAGACUAAGAACAUUUCUCAAUCAGUACAUUUACUUUGGGAUAUACAAGCGAUACAAGAAGGAUAUAGUGUCCAAGGAAUUAUCUGGGCAAUCUGAAGAUGAAGAUGUACAAAAUGAAAGAAGGAGAAUCAUGGGGCAUCCUCCCGAGUUGCUGAAUUUCACAGUAUUUAUUAAGGAACUCAUAAAGAUUUAUUUUAACUGUCCAGUCAUUCUGGCUGUGAAAAAUAUCUCCCUUGCCAUCCAAAAGGGGGAGUGUUUUGGACUGCUUGGAUUCAAUGGAGCUGGAAAAACUAGUACUUUUCAAAUUUUGACUGGUGAGAAGAGUGCCACCUCUGGGGAUGUGUUCAUUGAUGGCUUUAGCAUCACCAAAAAUACGCUAAAGGUAAAGUCGAGAAUUGGAUACUGUCCUCAAUUUGAUGCCUUGCUGGAAUACAUGACUGCUCGGGAAAUAAUGAUCAUGUAUGCCAGAUUAUGGGGAGUCUCUGAGCCCCAGAUUGAGCUGUAUGUGAACAAAUGUUUGAACUCACUGGAACUGGAGUCUCAUGCUGACAGGCUUAUCAGCACCUACAGUGGAGGAAACAAACGAAGGCUAAGCACUGUUAUUGCCCUAAUGGGAAAGCCCUCAGUUAUCUUCCUGGAUGAGCCAUCAACUGGCAUGGACCCAGAAGCCCGCCGCCUGCUCUGGAACACAGUGACGCAGACACGUGACAGUGGAAAAGCCAUCAUUAUAUCUUCCCACAGUAUGGAGGAAUGUGAUGCCCUCUGCACCAAGCUGGCCAUCAUGGCACAGGGGAAGCUCAUGUGCCUUGGCAGCCCUCAGCACCUUAAGAACAAGUUUGGCAAUUUUUACACUCUGAAGGUCAAGGUCAAGACCGAGGAUAAAUUAGAGGAUCUUAAAAUUUUCAUUGCAUUUAUAUUUCCAGGCAGUGUCUUAAAGCAUGAAAAUCAAGGGAUCCUUAACUAUUACAUUCCCAGCAAGGACAGUAGCUGGGCAAAGGUGUUUGGCAUUUUGGAGAAAGCUAAAGAGCAAUUUGAUUUAGAAGAUUAUUCCGUCAGUCAGAUAACACUGGAGCAAGUCUUCCUGAACUUUGCUAACCCAGAUAAUCAGCCAAAUAAUUAG